AUGUUACAUGACUUUUACCAAGUCCACGAGUAUUUUGCAUCAGCUCAAACUCUGGCAGUCCUGGGAGUGGUUGUGAAGGAGUGUUCGUAUAGAAGAAAUCUUGCAGACAUGGAAACGGCCAUUGUCCACUACGAAGCCUUUAAAAACUACCUUGCCACACCUUCUGCAAUAGAGCAAGCAGGAACUGCCGGCUCACGAAAAGAUGCAAGGGAAAAACUCACAAGACUGUCAAAACAACAAUUUCAGGAAUUGUCUAUUGAUGUGUACGACGAAUUGUCCAGAAGACUCAUGAAUGAUAAUGAAGUGCCAUAUCUUCGUGUUUGUGAUGAGUUUCAUCCCAAAAGGAACCAAGCUCGUCGGAAACUGGCAACUCUACCAAUGAACAGAUUUAAGGAUCUCGCGAGUGAUGUUUACUUUGAACUAGAACGACGCUAUCCGGAACUCAAGGAUAUGAUGUUCCCAUCUACCUCUCAGCCACAAAACAGUUCCCUAGCGGCUCCCCAAAAGUUAACCGCUGGCGUUACAUUACAAGCACCACAAUCUAAUACAAUUGUUCCUGAAAUGGGGACCCUAAAAGAAGAAUCAAUAGAAGUCGAUUUUACUAUUCAAAAACACAAUAAUAGUCGUCCGGAAACACCUAAUACCAAUGUCAACAUCAAUAAUAAUGUUAAUGCUAACAACUAUCCCCCAAUACCAAAUGGCAUGCCGCCAGAGUACAAUUCUCCUCGUUCUCCAGGAAGCCGAGUCCAAUCUUCUGCAUCUUCAGUAUCGGAUUACGGACGUCGUUAUCUUAAUGGGAUGAGCGUCAGCAGUAUCAGCAGCGCUUCCAGCAGAGAAACCCGAGUACGAGAUACAACCAGUAGUCAAAAGAGCAAGAACGACGGUGUUAAUUUUGCGUCUUUAGAUACAUUGAUGGAAGAUUUAGGGAACUUGAUUGAUGUAAAGAAACCAAAUGGAGACGUUUCUAAUACUUCUUUGCAAGCCGUGCAAAACAUACCAGAAAAGCUAAAUGAGGACGUAAGAACGGAUUCUACAAGUGCAACAAGAAUCAGAGAACUUGAGCAGCUGUUAGAGAAGCAAAUAGAAGCUAAUAAUGUACAAGCUAUUAAAAUAACGCGACUUGAGGAAGAGCUGAAAGAGCUGAAUGAAGAACAUUCACAUCAGCUUGAGGUUGCAAAUGACGUUCGGAAACAGGCAACUUCGCUUCUGGAGGAAAUCAAAUCACUUUCUAGACAAAACGAGGAGCUCCUUACGGAGAAGGAGAAAGACACCGCCAAGAUCAAAGAGUUAACAACUCAAGUUAAUGACUGGAAGAGUAAAUAUGAGAAAGUCAAAAUUGAUCUCAGGAAUCUCAAGGCGACGUCAUCUUUUGUAAAAGAGCAUCCUAAAAUUGACGUUAUCAAAGAUAAUUCUUUGGCGCCUUCGUCUGAUGGCGCCGUAGAAGAAGCUAAGAUUAUGGCAUAUCAAGUUGCUAUUGAUGGAUUGCUGCGUGCUGGACGGUCCGAAGUUCCUACUAAUGUUAUUAUGGCCAUGAAGGCCAUUCUCGUUGCGUGUAAAGAUAUCACUGGUGACGUUGAACAAUAUGAACAACAGAAGAGUGUUUCGAUGAAGGCAGAAGACAAGGAAAAGCUCUACGCCAUGAAAUCAAAACUUUCAGGCACAUUAACCAAUCUUAUGACUGCGGCCAAAAAUCAUGCCACCGGUUCGGGAAUUUCACCAGUCAGCCUGCUCGACGCCGCUGCUAGUCAUUUGACAGUAGCCGUUGUUGAUCUGGUUAAACUUAUAAAGAUUAAACGUUCCGAUAAUGACAAAGAUAAACUUAAUGUAGAUUCAUUAUCACCGAGUAGGAGUUCUACUCCUACUACUCCGCCAACGUCACAGAAGUUGCAAUCCAGUAGGAACGAUGCUUCUUCUGUAUCUGCUUCGAAAGUAGACACUUUCGUUGACGAAAGGAAUGAUCGUGAAUCUAUCAAUCUUGCAGAUUUUAAGGCAUACUUAGAACGUCAGACGGAGGCUAUUGUUCAGGCUAUCCAAACGCUACUGAGCGCCAUCCGCAAUGGUUCAUAUGUCAAUGAGGUUACCGAUAGCAUUACUACUAUUACGACCAUUGUGCAAAAUGUCAUAGUGGUUGCGCGUGAUUCAUUUAACUCUCCUGCUGGCGAAUCUUUUGCAGACCGUGGAAAGAUGAUUCUUAAAGAUUUGGAAAUUAGCGUCGACAAACUCGAUCAAAUGCGUGAUUCGAUAUCAUCUGACAGAGAAGAUUUUGCAAACAAUAAGAUUUUGAAACAGUCACUGGCUAGUGCUGCUUUUGAUAUUGCCAAGUUUACCAAGGGACUGGUCGGACUAAUUGAAUGA